GUCAAAGGUCACAACCAAUGUUGUGAGUCAAUUCGCAUAUAUGCAUAAUCGCCGGAGCUACAGCGAACGCACACACUACACUAGCGAUACGCGACGAAGUUACGCAGUUAUCUUUGUGUAUAUUCUCAGCUACAGGACUUUAAUCGCUACUGGAAAAGGAACCUAACCACAUAAAAUGUCCAGUUUUUAUUCUUUUGCCAUCGUUUAAGAAACAAGUUAAAAUCUGAUUGUGAGGAAUAGACACACUCAAACACUAUCAUGGGUUCUACGGGCCAACAGGGAGGCCGUUUCGUGGAUUAUUUCGUCGUUUGCGGGCUCGAUCCGACGAACGCUUUGGAGCUGGAUCAAUUGGCAGGUGAAAGCUGCCACAUUCAUCCCCUGCAUAGGAGCUAUAAGAGUAAGUGCCUGCAUCACUACCCCGCUAACGUUGACUGGAACCCCUUCGAUGCGGAUGGAGUCAACAUGCUGUGCAUGCCCAAGGGGCUUUCCUUCAGAACUCAGAAGGGGAACCGUACGGCCAAGUUCCAUUCCUUUGUCAUGACGCGGGAGGACAACACAAGAAUCUAUGGGGCGUCCCUCACCUUCUAUGAGCAGGUGUCCAGUCAGCACAUCUGCGCCGAGCUCCAGACCCUGCAACACAAGUAUGGAGAGGACCGAAGGCUACGGAAGGCCAGCGUGACCCAGGGAAGCACAGGCAGCAUCUACGACGAAACGCACCCUAGUAAUAGUGGGUACAGAACUAUUGGCUCGCCGCGCUUCCAACGGCGCCAGUCCAGUCCGGCGAUCCAGGGCCUGGCGUCGCCCAGGACGCGGAGGCGAAGCCCCGUCCACCAGUGCUACACCACGAAAGCAUACACGCUUCCCAGAACUCACACAGACACCAAGAACCCGCACUUUGACAUGGUGAAGGACACCCUCUAUGUUUCAAAGUCUAUAUGUCUCAUCAUGCCACUGCCCUUCGCCAGGGCGGCCAGGAAGUUCCUGGAGCAGCUGUUCGAGGUCGUCCGCUCCACGAACUCUCCGUCUCUCCCCAUGGAGAGCUACAUCUUCAAUGUCCUCUACGACGUGCCGCUUCCUCCGAUGGGACGGAGUAUGGUCUUCACCGGUGUCUCCCGCAAUAUCGCCUGCCAGAGGCCGUCGAGAGCCGAGCUGCCGCUCUGCGAGUACGCGAUACGGGACAUUUUCGACCUCCUCGGGACGGAGAACGUGAUCGAUCUCCUCACCUGCGUUUUUCUAGAAAAGCAAAUCUUACUUGUGUCCAAAGAUUACCAGCGACUGAUGCUGGUAUCAGAGUGCAUCACUGCCCUCCUCUUUCCCUUCACGUGGCCUUACGCCUAUGUCCCGAUUCUUCCGGCCUCUAUGCUCUACUUUCUGGACGCCCCGCUCCCGUUCAUCAUGGGUCUUCACCUCGGCGAGGCCAACCUCCACCCGGAGUCGGACAUGGAACUUCCCACUCAGGUCCAGGAUAUAAAGGCAUCUCUCUGCUACGUGGAUAUCGACAACUCUUGCGUGGAACUCCCAGAAGAACUACCCAAGUUUCCCAACAAGCCGACCCUCAUCCGAGAACUGAACAACCUCAUCCAGAAGCACAAGCACCUUCCGGACAACUCCCCCUCUCGAACCACCACACCCUCCAGCACGACCCCGUCCACGACCUUGGGUAAGAUGAUCUCCCAGAACAAGGUCAACGACUUUGACUGGUCGCAAGUCCAGGCCGAGGUCACCCUCAUCACAGCCAUGAACCAGAACCUCGAGGGCAGUGUCGACGGCGAUCAGGACAGUUCGUACUUCAGCUCGCCGAGCCGCGGCGAGAGCCCCACGGCGGGGCUUCCGUCCAAAGCUGACUUCAUGCGCAACAACGAGAUCGUGUCGCGGGUGGCGGAGAUCGCGCAACGGACUGGCGUCAUCACGUCCAUCGCCGAUUACGAGAACGACAACAGCAACGCGAACCCCUUGAACUUAAGCGAGGAGGAGCAAGAGCAUAGAGAGUAUGUCUCCAUGCUAAUCUUGAAUUGUGCAAUACGUGAGGUGUUCCUCCGAAGGUUAGUCGUGCUGCUGAGGAACUACGAGACCUUCAUCAUCCAGCCGAGAGUGAACAGUCUUGAUGCAUGGUUCACCAACAGAGACCAGAUGCAGAACUUUGAUAAGAACGCCUUUCUUGCCGACACCCCUGAGCUCCAUCUCCCGUUCAUGUCACCCUUCCUGGAGACCCAGCUCUUCGCCUCCUUCAUCGACAACAAGAUCAUCUCCAACUGGGAGGAGAAGGACCAAGCCCUCAGCAUCUUCGACGAGAGGGUGGAGCAGUUCCCGUCCAGCUCGCCUCAGACCCCGACAACAGAGGGCGCUUCAUUUGUCAGCGAAGCAGAGGAGUUGAUCAGAAGGCGAGCCAGCAAUAUUGACCACACCCCUUGCCCCCCUCGAGCUCUACCAGUAGACUCUAGCCACGUACCUCAAUUCUUCCCAAUGCUUCAAGAUGAUGUGCUCUUAAAGCCACCAUACACUAAUGGGAGGAAUAAAUAUAGGAACAUUGCAAAGUGGAAGCAGAAGGAGAGACAAGAACAACACAAGGAGCAUCUCAAUCUCCAGCCUCAUGAGAGAGAGAAAUACCUUCACAACCUACAUGCGAAGAAACCUCCAGUGAGGCAGGCUGUUCUCACCCACUAUGACCAGAAGAAAGCAAAUCAACAGUUUGUCGAAGAGCUUCUCAAAGAAUGCAAGAUCAAGACCAAGAAGAUGCUUGUGUUCAAGAUGGGUCAAGAAGCCAUAGAGCUUGGGCACGGUGACAUCAAUCGUUCCGGUGUGGAAGAGAACACGCUCAUAGCCAGCCUCUGUGACUUGCUAGAGAGGAUAUUCAGUCAUGGAUGCAGAUCAAAGAAACAGAGUAAGAGCGCCCUCUGGUGGCACCUUCUCAGCUAUCGUCGCUUCAGGCAGCGGAAGAAGGCUUCCUCCGAGCAGAAUCUCGCAAUGACCGGUGCAGAGAGUUCCCCCAGACACAGAAGAUCCAGCAGCGCGCCGGGUCAGCCUCUACCGGCUCUACCUACCGAUUUCAGCUUCGACUGGAAAAACGUGGACCGCAUGACCAACAUCCGAACCGAGGUGGGCAAAUCCAGGGCUUUCGUUCGCUUGGCGCUGGAAAGGAAAGUGCUGCACAAACACAUCAAGGAGCUGGUCUCAAAUGAUGAACUGCUCAAGAAGCGUUACCGUGGUGAAGCAUUCUUGAGAUGUGAAGAAGAAAAGAUGCAAUUCCUGUACUACCUCCUCUCUCUCAAUGCCGUGGACUUCCGCUGUUUCACAAACUCUUUCCCCUCGACAGUUGUGACGUAUCGCGUACUGAUCAGCCAGAGUCGGAAGUUCCAGGCACCUACGACGGCCAACCCCUGGCUGCAAGUCACUGGUGAGAUGCUGCAGACACCGGUCAUCCACAUACCAAAGAAUGCUCAAGAUUUUACCUUCCAGCAUGCCAACCUUGGUGUAUUAACAACCCUUCAGGUAGGGCACGACAACGCAGGCCUCUUACCUCGAUGGUUGGUGGAUUAUAUCUACAUUAGGAAUGAGAUCACUGGCCAUGCCUACAAGUUCCCCUGCGGCAGAUGGAUCGGCCGGAGCGUGGACGACGGGAGCCUGGAGCGGCUCCUGGUUGCAGAGUUCAUCGCCCCGAUCAUCGACUACGAGGGGGACCACUUCUGGGGGUCCAACACCACGCCCAGGCGCACCCACACCAGGAGGUCCAGUGCCAGUGCCAGCUGCUCGCCAUCCCCGCCCCCCAGGGUACCGCAGAAGCUGGACCAGAACGCCAUCCAGGAGCUCCUCACCGACGCGGUGAACAACAUCGUCAAGCACUUUUACAAACCAGAGAAGGAGCGUGGUCAGCUGACAGUACUACUUUGCGGGGAGUGUGGUCUUGUCAAGUGCAUGGACCUGGUCCUACAGUAUGGCUUCAGGUCGGCAAGGCUCUUCAGGAACAACUUCUUCAUCUGGGACUUCAUUGAGAAAGUGGCUCGCUAUUUGGACAGUCUGGACCAGGACGAGGAAGGCCGCUUCAGCUCGCGCCAAGAGAAGCGAGCGCGGAGAACGUUCUGCCUGACGCUUCACCAGAUCAACAGGUACGCCGAGACGGUCGGGAAGGACGGCAAGUUCCAGCUCCUCGUCUGCCUCGGAGUCAGGGACCACCUGCUCCACCAGUGGCUGCCCGUGCUGGCCGAGACUCCGGUCACCAAGAACAUGUACGACGAGUGCUCCUUCUUCCACAAUCCCCUUCACCUGGACUUCCUCUGCAGCCUGCUCAUGCAGCUGGACGAGUUCAACAUCUCCCUCGAAGCCUCGGUCACCAAGGGUAUCGAGUUAUGAUAGCAAGAGUGUCAACCGCUAGCUUGUGGAUGUGCUAGUAUCAUGGGGACUGUUAAAGCGUCUGUUACCAAUGGUAUCCAGUUAUGAUGGCAAGAGAGUUGACUGCUAGCUUGUGGAUGUGCUAGGGCCAGGUGAACUGUUAAAUUGUCUGUUACUAAUGGUAUCAAGUUAUGAUAGCAAGAGAGUUGACUUGCUUGAGGAUGUGCUAGUGUCUAGAUUGCUAGGGUCAGGUGAUCCUCACCGGAUGAGGACUACCACUGGGUCAUAACUUAUUAACAGUGAGUGCAGGGAAAUGAAAGUCCAGACUAAUCUGUUGAGUCCCACAAGGUUUAAUAAUAAUUUGCUUUAUGUUGAAGCACACGAGUAAAUGACCUUCUGGAUCUCAACAGACGAAAAGCUAGACAGCGUCCUGAGGCCUGGUUAAAGUUUCUGACCGAUUGAUAGUGCUAGUAAAUGAAAGACUGCAGUGUGUGGACCCACAAGGUCUGUCAAUCAUUUGCUCCAUAUUGAAACAGAUAAGUAGAUUGUAUGUUUGGAGCCAGAAGGCUGCUAAGUCUGUCUUUAGUGAUAUGCGAUAACACCCUUCUGUCCUGGCUAUUAACAGACGAAAAUCUACAUGUAGAUGAUACAGUGAAACCUGUCUUUAACGACCACCCAAGGGAGACAAGGAAAGUGGCCUUUAUUGGCAGAUGGUCUUUAAGUACAAAUUCCUUUAUGACAUGUUCCAAUGAGAGACCAUUUUUAAGGGGAACAAAAAAUGUGGUCUUUGUAGACAGGUGGUCACCAAAGCAGGUUUGACUGUAUAUCUAUGAGCUACAUAUGGAUGUUUCAGAAACCCUAGAUAUCAACAGUCACAAGCAUUGUAAUGAUGCAGGGAGAAUGUGGGUUUAUGCCCGUAUGUACAGGGAGAACACUUCUACACACAGAGUCAUAGUUUGAAGAGUGUAUUGCUCUCAUAUUAUCAUCUACGCUGUACCAUGCAGGAAGAAACGUUGAAAUGUAAUUAAAGAAUUUGCGAUAAUAAAUCGCAUCAAUAGUCUUGGAG